AUGCUUGUCAAAUUCAUAUUAACAUCAACUCUAGCAAUAAUAAUAUUUGCUUUAUAAAAAAGAGUUGAUCCAAUGGUUACAAGAUUUAUAAAAUUAGUUUGUGAAAUAGUAUCAAUCACUUAAUUAAUAUCAUAUGACGAAUGGAGUAGUCUAGCCAUACUUUCAUUAAUUUUCGAUAAGGGAAUUUUAACAUAAAGACAUGAAAAUUAUCAUUAUUUAUUUGAUUAUCUCAUACUUAAGGUUUUAAGUUUAAUUUUUAUUUCACUUUAUUGGAGCAAUUAGGUUUUUAUCAUAAUUAUAUGUAAUACUAUUGUACUUGAGAGUUAUUAAAUUAUUCUCCUAUAUACUAAAAAUAGGCAAAGAUAAAAAUAUAAAUUAGGAGGUAAAUUAAAAAGAAAAUCUGUUGAGAGUUAGAAAAUAAUAAGUGAUAAUAAAAUAUAAGGAGAAAAUUAAAUCUAAAAUGAUAUUAUAAUUAAUAAUCAUGGUGAUAUUAUUAUAGAUAAUUUAAUUAAUAAUGAAGAUCUUUGGAUUAAAAGAAUGCAUGCUAUACCAAUCUCAAUUAUAAUACUUAAUAAAAAAUCUUUGGCUAUUAAAUUUAAAAAUGAAACAGCCAAAAAAAAUUUUAAUACUUUAUGUUAUAAUGAUAAUGAAAUUAAUGAUUUAAUAAUGAAUAAAUUGGAAUUCACAAUUUUAGAAGAUAGUUUAGAAAUGUUAAAAAAUUCAAGUAAUAAUAUAGUAAGAAAACAAUUUUUUAAUAAACCUGUUAAUUAAUCAUGUUCAAGUUAAUUUGAUAUUGAAAAUCUAAAAAAAUAAACACUUUAACAAAUUUCAUUAAAUUUUAUUGGAGGAUCUUAUUAAAAUAUUAUGAAACCUUUUACAAAUUCUAUUGAUUUAUAUUGUCAUCAAGUUUUAGAUUCUUAAUAAUUUUAGAUUAAUGGAACAAUAUUCUCAAGUAAUGAAGAUGAUGAAUUAACAAUCAUUUUAUCAGAUAUAUCUAAAUAAAUGUAAUUGUAAUAAUUCAUUGUAAAAGAUGAAUUUUAAAAGAAAGUAAAUUAUAAUUUAUAUUUUAGGUUAUAGAAUCACUCUCUCAUGAACUUAAGACACCUUUAAAUAGUUCAAUAAAUUUUAUUAAAUCUGCAAUAGCCAAUGAAUAAUUACCCUUAUCUAUUAAGAAAUAAUGUUUGGAACCUGCAUCAAUCGCUUUAUAAUUAUAAUCAUAUAUAAUCAAUGAUGUUAUAGACUUUUCAUAAUUCUAUAAUAAUAGUUUAGAUGUUUGUGUAAAAGAAUUUGAGAUCAAAGAUGUUAUUAGCGAAAUUACAAGCAUUUUUAAUUUAUAAUUCUAAUAAAAAGGUUUAAAUUUUGUAAUAGAUCUAACUAAAAAUACAUAAACUUAUAUGUCUACUGAUUAUAAUCGAUUAAUGUAAAUCUUAGUAAAUGUUAUUUAAAAUUCCUUAAAAUAUACAUAUACAGGUGGUGCAAUUCUUAAAAUUAAAAAUUUAGAAGAUGAUUCAAUUUAAUUUUCUGUUUCUGAUACAGGUAUAGGAAUUAAAUAAGAAAUUACAAAGAAAUUGAAUACCUAUGUUAAUUAAGUUGAUAAUUUGAGAUAUUUUUCAAAAUUGAAAUCUUGGAAUGGAAUAGGAUUAUUGAUUUCAAGUAUUUUAUUACAUUAAUUAAAUCCAUCAUUAUCAGAAACUUUUCAAAUCAAAUCAAAAUUAUAAAAAGGAACUAAAUUCAAAUUUAAAAUAAGAUAAGUUUUAAUUGAUGAAAUUAACAAUAACAUUGAUGAUUUAACAAAAAAAAAAUCUGUAAAAUUUAGAAGAAAUUCACGAUAAAAUUAAUAAAAUAAUCUUGUUGGAACAGUUAUAUAUGUUAAUGAACAUGCUUUAGUUUCUUAAAAUCUUGGAUUAUAUAGUACACAAAAAAGUACUUUACAUAAAUUACUUAAAGGAACUUCUGAAAAUGAUCAAGAUUCUAUAGAAUCUGGGGAUUAAUUAUAAAAUCUAUCCAAUCAAUACAUAUAAUUAGAGAAUUAACAACACAAUUUCAUACUUAAUAUUAAAGAUAAUAAAAAGUAGAGUGGAUCUUUUGAGUAACUAUCAAUGAAAUCAUCAUAAAUGAAGUAAAUCUUAUUUUUUAAAUUAGAUCAAAAAUAUUAAGUUUUACAUAAUUGAAAAUGAUGGAAAGGUAAAGUAAUGAUUCUGCCUUACACAAUUUUAAGAAGAAACUUAAAUGUAAGUGUAGAAAAAUAAUGUCUGUGGAUGAUGAAAUUUUUAAUUAAAAUUCUAUCAAAUUGUUAAUAGAAAGAUAUGGUUUUGAAAUGAUCAUUGUAAGAAUGUAUUCAUAAUUUAAGGCUUAUAAUGGUUAAGAGGCAAUUACAAAAAUAUAACAAUUAUAAAAAUGCUCAAAGGAAUGUGAACUUUUGAAUCUUAUUUUAAUGGAUUAUUCAAUGCCAAUCAUGAAUGGUAUUGAAUGUACUAUUUAAUUAAAGAGAAUGAUGAAAGAGAAAAUAAUCCCUUACAUCAAUAUAAUAGGAUUAACUGCAUUUACAAGUAAAUUAGACAUCGAAAGCUGUUUAAAUGCUGGAAUGUAUGAAGUACUUUUUAAACCUUUAAAGCUCAAUGAUUUCUGUGAGCUACUAACAUUAUUAUGA